AUGGGAAAUGAUGGAGGAAGCAUUCCUGACCGCCGCGACCUCGUAAAGACCAAGGCAAAGGCUGAGCAAGCAGAUAAACAGAAUCAGAUUUUGGCCAAAUGGUUCUACUGCGCCUUGUCAAAGAAACCACUCCAAGACCCGGUUGUAUCUUGUGAACUAGGAAAGCUCUACAACAAGGACGCCAUUGUUGAAUAUCUGCUUGACAAGACUGUCUAUGGCGAUGGCGCUCGCAUUUGUGGUCACGUCAAGAGCCUUAAGGAUGUUACACAGCUGCGUUUGACUCACAACCCCGCGCCUCCAGUCGCCAACUCGGACAAGCCACAAGCAGCCUACGUUUGCCCCCUCACACUCAAGGAGAUGAACGGCGCCCUUCCUUUUGUUUACCUCUCUACUUGUGGCUGCGUCUUUUCUGCUGCAGGGCUACGAGCCAUUGCGACCCCCGCAGAAAAUACUCCACCCUCUGGUUCCAAUAGCCCUCCCGCCAGCAAAAGCACCUACUCAUGUCCCCAAUGCUCGAAACCGUACGACCGCCUAACAGAUGUCCGAACACUGAAUCCGAUGCCAGAGGAAGAAGCUGGGAUGCGCGAGGUGAUGGAGGUGCGGAGAGCUGCGAAGAAGGCGGCUUCCAAGGGUAAGAAGCGUAAAGCAGCAGAGAUGGACAGUGGAGAUCGUGAAGCUGGAGAAAUUGAGCAUAAGAAGGCCAAAGUCGUCGCGGAGGAAGAGGCCGCACCAAAGACAAACGCAACCAUGGCAACACUGACAAGAAAGGUUGCCCUGAGUCUUGCAGAGGAAGAGCAGAAGAGAAAGGGCAAGAUGACCGAGGCGGUGGCGAGUCUUUAUGCGCCAAAGAACAACUCCUCGAACAAGAAGGAGACAUUCAUGACUCGAGGGACCUUUACACGCUAUGCUUGA